UUCAUCCAGGAGAGCAAAUAGAAGGAAAGAAGAAAAGCUGUUCCCUCCUCCACUUUCCCCACUGCCGGAGGACCCUCCACGCCGCAGAAACAUCAGUGGCAGCAAUGGCCCCUUUGGUCAAGACAAAAACAUCCCUAUGAUCGGACAGAUCGCCUCUACCAAACCCAAGAGGAGUGAAGGCAAAUUCUGUGCUACUUUCAAAGGGAUAUCCGUAAAUGGUGGAGACACUCCAAAAAAGACACCCUCUGCCACCGUCACGGUUACCAACACAGCUAUUGCCACCGCCACUGCCACGGCCACCGCCACUGCCACGGCCACAGCCACUACCACAGCCACGACGACAACCAUCUCCACCAUCACCUCUACCAUCACCACUGGCCUCAUGGACAGCAGUCACCUGGAGAUGGCGUCCUGGGCAGCCCUGCCCCUUCUGUCCAGCAGCACCACCAAUGUCCGGAGACCCAAGCUCACUUUUGACGACUCGGUUCACAAUGCUGAUUAUUACAUGCAAGAGGCUAAGAAGCUGAAGCACAAAGCUGAUGCACUGUUCGAGAAAUUUGGCAAAGCCGUGAAUUAUGCCGAUGCAGCCCUGUCCUUCACCGAAUGUGGCAAUGCAAUGGAACGCGACCCUCUGGAAGCCAAGUCUCCGUAUACCAUGUACUCCGAGACUGUGGAGCUCCUCAGGUACGCGAUGAGACUGAAGAACUUUGCGAGCCCCUUGGCUUCAGACGGGGACAAAAAGCUGGCGGUAUUAUGCUACAGAUGUUUAUCACUUCUCUACUUGCGGAUGUUCAAGCUGAAGAAGGACCAUGCUAUGAAGUACUCCAGAUCACUGAUGGAAUAUUUUAAGCAAAACGCUUCAAAAGUCGCUCAGAUACCAUCUCCCUGGGUAGGCAAUGGAAAGAACACUCCAUCCCCGGUGUCUCUCAACAACGUCUCUCCCAUCAAUGCAAUGGGCAGCUGUAACAACGGCCCGGUCACCAUCCCCCAGCGCAUUCACCACAUGGCCGCCAGCCAUGUCAACAUCACCAGCAACGUGUUACGGGGCUACGAACACUGGGACAUGGCCGACAAACUGACAAGAGAGAACAAAG